CUACACUCUGACCGAGGCUGUCCUCCCUCCCACACUACUACAGCAGUAGACCAGUGAUGGGGGAGGGGGCAAUCUCCCCGCGAGAAGCCACGAUGCGCCAAAAAUAACUCAUUUACACAGCAGACAAGAGUAAGGUAAGACUGUUCACCGUAACACCUAGGUGUACACAGCUCAAUACAGGACUGUUGAGAGAGACUACUACUAUCGGACAGACCAAAGGGAUCAAAUUGUGUAUCGGUGGGAAUAUUGAUGCUGAUGUUAAUCUAUUCUGUGUACUAACUACGCACACCGAGACUAACUGCUCACGGGGCAGGUGAGUUAGGACAUUCGCCUGACGGGUCCUCAAAGUACCUCGUUCACCAAACGACAUGUGUACUGGGAACUGUAAACAAAGGAGAAGGUUUGGUCGGAGGUAGAGAGACAGUCAACCGUUUCGGCAGUGAUAUAUACUGUGUGUUUGGAUACUGCUUAAUUCCUUAGGAUGUCACUGCGUGAAGUUUGUGAAAACUGCCAUUUGUUGAAACUUAUCAUUAAUCUUGUUUCAAUAAAUUGCAACAUAGUCUCCCAACAAAGUUUUGCGAUGUAAGGGACAAAAGCAGACCAUGCAUGGGUAGUGUGUAUCAAAUGAUGCCAUCAUUUUGUGAUCAUUUCGUUUCAAAAUAAUGCACACUAUGUCUAAGCCGAGCUUCGCCGUCCAGGCAAAAUUCAAAUUUUACACGGACGAGGAAUCUUUGGCGGGAGAAUGGAAGCACGCGGCCAAAUGUAAUGCCAGUCAGAUUACAUUCUUGGAGGGCAUUCUGCUGAAAACUCUCGACCACAACUCGCCAUUUUUGUACGUCGACUACUCUGUGUUUUAUGGCGGGAUCAGAACAUCAGACAGUGUAACAUUCCAGGAACUUAACACGACACUUCCGGUCAAUAAUGUGCUGCGUGUUCAGAACCACCAGUACUCUACAGAUAUACCUCCGAGAAGGGUGAGCGAGCCAGGCUGCUAUGAUGAAUUGGAAUGUAUCGCCCGGAAUGACGUCAGUCAACUUCCUCGGACGCCGGUCAGCAAGGAUAGUGUUUACAUUUUAUCUUCAUUCAGGGCAACAGAACAGACUCAAAAUUUGGAGAAAAUAUGGAAAGUUUGGAGUGGAGCAAAUUACAUUCUAUGGAAGUGUCCGAAACAGUUAAAUAUUCGCCGUAUAACGUUCCUUCGAACGACCACCAGUACAGACCCUUUUUCGUACCUAGUUCUGUGUGAGUGCGAGGAAGGCUUGAACUUCCUAAAUCACGCUAAAGAGUUCUCGGACAGGCUGCGACAGCGGUGGUGUGGACUUGUGGGCCUGUACAAGGUUGAGCGCUAUUACAUUCCUCCAAAAGAACGCAGGACGAUCUGAGCAUCACUAUUCUAAUUUGGCCUAUGUGAAAAGAGAUUCAUCAAUAUUAAUUAUAUAAAUUCUUAUAACAUCACGAUUUAUUUGUCAUAUUUGUACCGUCAAUUAUUUUUACUAGUUACGUAAUUUUUAUUGGUAUAUUUUCUCUUUCACACAAGAGUUUAAGAGUUUAAUAUCCGAGGUUGAACAUUCAAUCAACAUCGUGAUGAAAUUGACAAACUGGGAAAAUUAUGCAAAUUAUUUUGUUCAUUAUAAUAGCUAUAAUAUUUAUAUUAAUUUUACUAUUUUCAGAGAAAAAGUAAACCUGCUACUGUAUCAAUGGCUUUAGCAGAUACACAGCAGGCUGAGUAAAGGCACUUCUGUAAUAUGUAAUGACUGUAUAUAGUUCAAACGUAUACGUUUACAUGAAAUAUGCAUUUUUCUGGUUUAUUAUAAAGGGAUGGAUGAUAUACAUAAACUCCAUCGUUAAUUUGU